AUGUUCAUACCGUACACUGGGCCUUCUUCAAAGAAGAAGCAAACAAGAGGCUCAGCGGCUAGGGCGAUUACGGCCGUCAAGGUCGCUAGCGGAGGCACACGGCGUCGGCACCAGGAGUACCGAUAUGUCAAGAAAGGAUCAAAGGUCCCAGCUGGGGGAAUGCAUUGUUUUCAUGUUUCGGAUUGGUCGGAUCUGCCAAGUAACAGUGAGCUGAACGUGGGUGGAGGGGGUAUUUGCGAUAUCGAAACUGACUUCUCGGACAAUGCCACGAACCCCAGCACAUUAUCCUGGAUCCUCGUCAGGCCCAACCAGGCCGCCCAUCGUGCUCAGAUCUAUGAGAAGGGCCUAAUUAUGGGUGAUCAAGGCACUCGAAACGGGGCGAGCUAUUCAGAGUCGAAUCCACAGGACUUACGCUAUAUUCUCUCGCGUCAGACGCGCAACCGCACAGGCCACGCCAUUCAAUGGCCAGUAAAUAGCGGUUUCAGCUAUCCAAUUCCAAAGAAGCCGUACUUCCCCGCUCUCCUGUUCCAAAGAGGGGGAACGUUUCUUCCAGUGGUGGAUCAAUAUCGUGGUACAUUCGCCCAUAACCUACACACCCGGUGGAACCAGACAGUACUAUCCGAUGCAUGUCUGUUCCAUGCAACCAUAUUCGCAACUUCCUCAUUCAUGGACCUGCUGCAGGGCAGACGUGACAAUCCAGUGACUCUGUACCAUAAGCAAAAUGUAUGUCGCCUUGUUCAGGACGGUAUUCUCAAGAGCCAAUCCCACGGUUUGUCUGACAGUGUGAUUACUGCGGCAAUCUACUUGGUGUAUUUUGCGAAAUUAUCUGGGGAGCUCGGAGAAGGCACAACGCACGAUGAUGGAGUAUUGGCCAUGAUCAAAAUGCGGGCAGCGAAUCCCCCAGCGGCGGAUUCCAUUCCAGGAUGGUGUAUUGCGCAUUGGAACCUUUGGAACUCCCUGUUCAGCGGGAAAGAUACGUUGCAGCCCUUGCCUACGUUGGGACCUAAGCAUGUUAUUGGGUCAUACACGAGUCUUCUUGCUAUUGCCACAUACCGACAGCUCAAGCGACCGCCAGACCUCAGGGUGCCAUGCUCUAUCUUAGAGCUUUUGGUAUCGCUUAAUAGUAGAUGUACCCAGCCCUCAGGGCGUUGCGAGUGGCCCGAAUUUGACUUCUUCAAUACAUCCCAUGGACCGAAUUGGCCAGCAGGUAGAGACCAGGACGCAGAGGUGGCACUGCGGUGUUGCUAUAUUGCAGGUUCGAUCUAUUGGAGAGCGGUCCUACGCGCUGGUCGAAAGGCCGACUACCAAGACGACGUCCGUGACCUCCAGGUAGCGCUUUCUAAAUCAGACACCAGUUUCUGGUUCCGAUUCGGGCCCGAGGUUCUGAGAUGGGUUCUCAUGACUGGUGCUGCUGCGACUACUUCUGACGCUUCAAAGUCAUGGUUUAUCGGACGUUGCUAUAUGGUGUCUGCAAUCGUGAGACCAGAAGACAUGGAGGAAUAUCUAGUUGCCGCAAAUCACCUGCUCUGGGUGUUUCAUAAUCGGGACCUGUGA